AUGGAUGCAACCAAGAUUGCUGCAAGUGCCGCUACGACAGGCAACGUAACACGAGGAGCGUAUGUAAGUGGUGGUGGUAAUAAUUUAAAUAACUAUUCGAGCAGCUACAAUGUUGGCAUCGGUGUUCCUUUAGUUAGCGGUGGUUCGAAUAGACCUUCGGUGGGGUUGGCUGGAACAUUUAAUGGUGGUUUUGGUGCAUCUAAUGGUCAAAACUCCAUCUCAAAACCAAAUUAUAGCGUUGGAAUAUCUUUUCAAUUUCCAUUUUGA